UUGAUUUAGAGCCAACACAAUCAAAAAUGGAAUUGGAGCCAUGGGAAGCUCUUGACAUCGACGACUCCGAUCUCUCCAACUUCCUCCGCCCUUGCAACAACCGCCCUUCCCAAACCCUAACCACCGAUCCCCCUCUCAUUCCCGGUCCCGCCGGUGCAGUUCAAGCCGCCAUGAUUCAACGCAGAACCCUAGGAGCAUCCAACCCCCUUCCCACUCAAGAAUUCGUAAGGCGCGUCGUUCAAAACGGCCACGACACUGAUCGCGAUUUCACCUCCAAUCCAUGGCUUUCUGCAUUUCAAUUUCUUCAAUCUUCCCAAGUGGAUGUGGCAUCUUUUACGAAAUUGAGCUCGAUCAAGAAGCAGCAUCGUAACGGUGAAGGAAGAGUUUCUCGAGUAGUUGCUGUUGUCAAAUCAUGUAAUCCAAACGGUUUUGGAGACAUGACGGUUACUCUAAAGGAUCCUACUGGCACUAUUGGUGCUAGUAUCCAUCGCAAAGUCUUCACUGAAGGAGAAUUUAGAAAGGAUAUAACUGUUGGUUCUGUUAUUCUUCUCCAAAAGGUAGCUGUGUUUUGUCCUAAUGGUUUUAAUUUUUAUCUGAAUAUUACACUGGGCAAUAUUGUCAAGGUAUUUUCCAAGGACAGUGGAUCUCCAUCAGAGGACAUAUCCAUGAAACAAACUGCUCCCACUAGCACUGCAGAAACACGUGAAAAAUCGUGGAUGCCGUUGAGCAGUGCGUCCUCUCUGUCACAAGUAAGAACUGAUGGAAUCCUGAAUAAUAUCAGACUAGACUCAAGGUUUAGAGAAGUAGCAGAUAAUGGUAGCCAGAGGGAUGAAAUUUUGCCUUUAAGUAGCUGUCAUUUUGAUAAUGAAGAUGAUAAAAGCCAAAGAACUGUUUUGAUGCAUGAUGGUGCUGGACCUGUUGAAGCAACUUGCGGAUACCAGCUUGAAAGUGAGAUGGAAAAUCAAGAAAACCAUCCUACAUUAGGCAAAGGAGACAAUCUGGUGGGGAUUACUCAAGCCAAUAGUUCUUCAUUGAACCCGACACAUAUAUCUGUUGGUCAAGAAACUGAUGUGGAAAAUCACUUGGAAAGACAGGAGAUCAUGAAUCCAAAAAGCUCAAUUCCACAAUGGACAGAUGAACAACUGGAUGAGCUGUUGGCAUUUGACUGAGAUGAUAAUCUCUAUUUGUCAUAGCAAAGUAUUAAAUGAUGCGGGUAUACUUUACAUAUAUUUUGGUUGUAACUUUUAGCAGUUUAAAAGGUGCACGUGUAUUGUAAAUACUUCCACUCCACAUAAUACUUCUAGGUUUUUUCUUUUUUCUUUCAAGGUUUGUUUGGAGUAUAGAAGCAGAUUUGUAAACUUUUGGUACUGUAAUUAGACAAUUCAAUAUUAUCUUGUUUCAUGUUCUCAAAUAUAAAAAUAAGCUUGAAUCUGGAAUAUCUUAAUUGAACUUUAUAUAAAACAUGCGCUUAAACAGAGUAAUG